GUAAGGCAUUAAAAAAGCUAAAGACUCUUAAGUGUGAACAUAUCAAUCAAUAAAUAAAAUAAAUAAAUAGAUAAAUAAUUAUUAUAGGACAUUAUUACACAAAUCACAAAUCAAUAUCCUUAGCAAUCGAAUACCACAGUUCAGUUCAAUGAGUCCCGCGCUCGGUAAUCAAUCGGAUUGUCCCCUGAUGUAAUAUUUGAUAGUUAGUCAUUAUCGUAGCGCGACCUGCGCACGCGCCGGUACAGUUUGCGUCAAACGCGCCGCCGCGGUACACGCGCCGCGAAAAUAUUUGCGAAAAUGUGCAUUAAUACACUGUGAUAAAACUGUUUUUUGUCUGCUAUUUUGCAGUGAGCUUUUGUUUUGAGGAUAAUAAUUAAAGGCCCUACAGACCCUACAGUACCUGUAGUUAUUGAGGUACUCCAAAAUGGCGUCCCCUUCAAAAAACCGUUUCAAAAGACAAGCAUGGUGCCGGCGGUUGCUGAGCAAAAGACUGCCCAUAGUAACAUGGCUUCCCGAGUACAACUCAGACAAGGCAGUGGCCGAUCUUAUAGCAGGAAUAACAGUGGGGCUCACGGUCAUACCGCAGGCACUGGCUUAUGCUACGCUCGCCGGCUUAGAGCCCCAGGACGGCCUGUACUCCUCAUUCAUGGGCUGCUUCGUGUACGUGAUCUUCGGCUCCUGCAAGGACAUCACGCUAGGCCCCACCGCCCUCCUGGCGUUGAUGACCCACGCCCAGAUACAGGGCACGCCGCCGCGGCCGGAAUACGCCGUCCUGCUUUGUUUCCUGACCGGCGUCGUGCAGCUCGUCAUGGGGAUGCUACAUUUAGGGGUCCUGAUAGACUUCAUAUCGGUGCCAGUGACUGUGGGCUUCACGUCGGCCACGUCGGUCAUCAUCGCCGUAUCGCAGCUGAAAGGGCUGCUCGGACUUAGCUUUAAGUCGGGAGGAUUCCUCACAACCGUCAAAAUGGUUGCGGAAAAUUUACCAAAUGCAAGACUUGCGGACAGCGCGUUAGGAAUUACGUGUAUAAUUGUUUUAUUACUUACGCGUAAACUGAAAGACAUAAAAUUAUCUAGAAGCAAAAAGAGCCUAAAGAAGACGCUCUGGCUGCUCUCCACCUCCAGGAACGCGAUUGUCGUCAUAGUGUGUUCAUUGAUAUCGUUCGGAUUCGAGUCUUAUGGGUCUCAGCCUUUCCGGAUAACGGGACGAGUAAAAGAAGGUCUGCCAUCUUGGAACAUGCCUCCCUUCAGUACAUACACUAACGGAGAAUACGUGUCGUUCAUCGACAUGUGCUCAGAGUUAGGCUCCUCGAUAAUUCUAGUUCCCAUCAUUGGCGUGCUGGGCAACGUGGCUAUUGCUAAAGCUUUCGCAAGCGGAGAAUCAGUAGACGCGACGCAAGAAUUGUUAACGCUGUCCCUGUCCAACAUAUUGGGCUCGUUUGUAGGUGCCUUCCCAAUCACUGGUUCAUUCUCGCGCAGCGCCGUCAACCACGCCAGCGGUGUGGCCACGCAGGCUGGCAGCCUCUACACAGGCACACUGGUGCUGCUGGCGCUGGGUCUCCUCACGCCAUACUUCUACUACAUCCCUAAGGCGGCGCUGGCCGCCGUUGUGAUAUGUGCUGUGAUAUUUAUGAUAGAAUAUGAGGUGGUGAAGCCCAUGUGGCGCUCCCGCCGCGCCGACCUGGUGCCCGCCUUCGCCACGUUCUGCGUGUGCCUCGUGGCGGGCGUAGAGAUCGGCAUCUUGGUGGGCGUCGUGUUAAACGUCCUCCUGCUGUUGUACCCGAGUGCGAGGCCGCAGAUGGACGCGGAGAUCGUCACGAACGCAUCUGGUCUUGGCUACCUCCUAGUAACAGUAGGCAACAACCUGUACUUCCCUGGGGUGGAAUACAUCCGACAGUACGUCGAGCGAGCCGCCAAGAAGCAAGCAGGCUGUAGAAUGCCAGUGGUCAUCGACUGCAGAUACGUACUCGGUGCUGAUUUCACAGCAGCAAAAGGCAUCUGCGCGUUGUCCAGCUCACUAAUAUCACGUGGGCAACCACUAGUACUGCUAUCUUCGCGGAGCAACGUGUCUGCAGUUUUCAAAGGGGCUGGUUCAAGCGUUGUGGUGGUUCCUACUGCCAACGAGUUGGAACGGGCACUGCAAGACCUCACCGGCCAAAUAUCAAUGCCUCUACUAAAUGGUACAAAAGAAACGAGCACACCCCCGCCGUCGUAUAACUCCCUACAACUGGAUGACGUCACAGAAAUCGUCACCGAAGACAGAACCCAGACUCCCUUACUGAAAAUAGAAAACACAGAAACGUCCAGUGAGGUCAAUGAUACUUGACCAUAUUAAUUUUUAGUGUAGAUAUUUGUCAAUUUUUCUAUAGGUGUUUGCAGGAGAGUUGAGGUUACUAAUAUGUCGUUGGAUUAUUUCCAAAAUAGCAAAUUUGUGAGCAAUGCAAUAACCAUUGUGAGGCAAUGGAUGACCGUCCGUCCUCAGUUAGUUAUUAAGGUUCUUCUGUGUUUUGUUAUUCUAUAUUUCAUGUAUAACUCAAUUUAAUGAUCAAUACCCUUCUAUUUGUGUACGGAUAUAUAACUUAAAAUAAUAUUGGCCUACCUAGUCCCAGAUUGUAUUCUGUACGUGAUGUGUAUGCAUUUAUAUACUUUCAGUCCUAAAUUUCGCAGUGCAUUAGUAUAUACUGUAAUGCUGUGUAAUUUUUUUGUCAAAAAAUAAAAUAAAAAUAAAAAAUAAAAUAAAAUAGUCCAUGUGUCAAAAUGGUCCUAAAACCAAAAGUUUUUAGAUAGGUAUUUCUAUGAACUUGAUUUCGUUCUAUGUGCAGCAAGCCGAAUUCCAUUGCAGAACUGAGAUAUUUGUAUUUUACUCAAAAUGUCGUCACCCUUAUUACCUAGGCAAGAGAGUCCAAGUAAGCAAAUAAAUUGCUGCACCAUCUGCCCUGCACGCCGGGCGAGCGCGGCAAAUUCAUUUGCGUACUUGGACUCUAUUGCCUAGGUAAUAAGGGUGCCGACAUUUUGACUAAAAGACCAUCUCACUCUCAGUUCUGUAAUGGAAUUCAACUUGGUAUCCAUAGAAUGAAAUAUUGUAGAUAAAAAGACCAAAUAAUGAAAUAACUCUCAACUUUGUUAGUUUUCGGACCAUUUUGAGGCAUAGCCUAUAACAUAACAGCACAUAACACUAAAUAGUCGUGAUAACCGCUAUUAUACGAUAUAGUGGUGUUUCAACAACCGUUACUCGGCUGUUAUACGAUUACAGGCUGAGUAAAUCAAUUCUUAUAGGACUGUUUUGCUAGUUGGGCAAUAAUUAUACCACUCUUUUUCUUCUACGAAACACAUCACAAUACUUAUUAUUAAUGUUUUAAUUACAGAUAGUUCAGUUGAAAUAACUUUCAUUAAAAUAUUUGGUUAUGUGUCAAAUGCUAAUCUGUCAUAUUUGAUGGCAUCGUUUGCCAUUUCUAUUGAAGUCCAUUAUCGGUAUCUAUUUACGAAAAAGAACACAAAUUUGACGUGUUGUGUGCAUGACCUCAACUCUACUGCCGAUAUCUAUACCGACGCUUUAUUUGUAUUAAUCAUUUUAUAAAUGUGGGACUUGAAAUUGAUGCAGUUUAAAAAACAGACCACAGAUAAUAGAUAAAACUAGAUGCCGCAAAAAUCUUAACCAGUUUGGCUCGUGUUGGACUGUUUUUUAGUUCAAUACUCUGCUACACUCUGUAUUUUUAGGUAUUUAAAUAAAAGUAAACAAUGUGUACAUUUUCGACUAGUUAUAAUAUUUAUUGGUUAACCAACCAAAUACAAAACCCCCUAGAUCUGUCUCUUAACGAUCUGACUUUAACCUACAUUAUUUGUUCAUGUAAUGUUUUCAUCUACUAGGAGCCAUUUGAGGGUAGACUUUGUUUAAUUUUAUUUAAAUACCUAAAGAUACAGAGUAUACAUAUCGUAUUCAGUGAACAAUAAGGUUUUAAAUGUUAUACUUAGAAGCUAUAUCGAUAUUUUUUUUUGUAUUUGUUAACAGUGAACCGUGGUGAACAGUGAAACAAGUAAUAAUAAGUAUUUAAAUGAAGAAAAUCUAGGAGUAAUGUUACCUACCUUAUUUAUAUAGAAAAAAAACUGUUUGCAAAGUCAGACUAUACAGUGUGUAUUUUUGAUAUAACCUCAAACGUAAACUAGACGUAGGUUUUAGUGCUAUAAAACAAUUCUGAAAGAUUUUUUUGUGUAGUCUUCACUACCAGAGCAUAAUUAUUUUUUGUUUUUUUUUUCGAUUGGUAAUGUAUUUCGUACAUCAUGAUCACUUGUGACAGCUGUGACGUCGCGUCAUUAACGAGACGUUUUGAGUUAAUGACAAAGUAGUUAUACAUAGCUUGCUGAAUUAUUGUGCAUGAAAACAUAAAAGUCGUCCAUUUUUUAUAAAACCUAUGAAAGUGUGUUAAUUACAACCUAAAUUAACUGCCCUUUGAUUAUGUGGUCGUAUCAAAAAUACACGCUGUAUAUUAUCAAAUUCUAAUCACGAAUUUGUCGUAGAUUUUGCACAUUGAAUACAAAGAAUCAGUCUUUGCUAUGAAGUUAGUAUAGGAAAUUGAAUCAAGCAGUUACAUCUGCGAGCGUAAUUAAAAAUUAAUGAAUUAAAGAAAAAAAAUCCACCGCUUCGGGUAACACUCGAACUUGCGACUUUUCGUAACAGUUUCGUAACACCUUUCGUAACGAAGAAAGAGGCAGGGAAAGAAGCGCGCGAGUCUUUCCAUUCCUGUUUACACGCCUUUAGACUGGCUAGCUUCGGUCGUUCAUUCAUUCAAUUUUCUCUAUUAUAAAAAAAAUUAGUAUCACUCGCUGGCGUAACUAAUUGAUACCAAUUAUUUAAAUUUUGUAUAUAAGUACAAAAAUAUUUAAUGUUCGCUCUCUUCUCUAAAUGAACCCAUUCCAUUUUUGUACAUUGUGUAUACUUGUCUUAAAUUAUUAUUUUCUUUUAAUAGUUCA